AAUCAUCCAACCGUCCACUCAUCUGUCCUUCCGUCCAUCUGUCCGUUCAUCCGUCACCAUGAGCUUGUCCCGCAGCACCACUUUCUCCACCUCAUCCCGCACCGGGAGCAUCCGUCGCCUUCCGCCCCAUAGCAGCGCUGCCAGCGUCUACGCCGGGGCCGGAGGGUCGGGGUCACGCAUCUCCAUCACUCGCACCGCCAGCACCUAUGGGGGUGGCUAUGGAGGCGGCUAUGGGGCAAGCUACGGGGCUGGCUAUGGGGCAGGUUAUGGGGGCGGUUUGCUGCUGUCCGGGUCUGGGGUGGCGCAGAACGAGAAGGAGACGAUGCAGGAUCUGAACGAGCGCCUGGCCACGUAUCUGGAGAAGGUGCGCAGCUUGGAGAACAACAACCGGCGCCUGGAGGCACAGAUCCGGGAGAGCCUGGCCAAGAGGGGACCCAGCACCCGCGACUGGGGGAACUACUGGGACACCAUCCAGCAGCUGCGUGACAAGAUCUAUGACUGCGCAGUGGAGAACGCCCGCACCGUGCUGCAGAUCGACAACGCGCGGCUGGCAGCCGAUGACUUCAGGGUGAAGUACGAGGCAGAGCUGGCCAUCCGCACAUCAGUGGAGAGCGACAUUGCGGGGCUGCGCAAGGUGCUGGAUGACACCAACAUGGCACGGCUGCAGCUGGAGGGGGAGAUCGAGGCACUGCGUGAGGAGCUCAUCUUCAUGAAGAAGAACCACGAGGAGGAGGUGAACGCACUGCAGGCCCAGGCGGCCUCCGCGGGGCUGACGGUGGAGGUGGACGCACCGCAGGCGCAGGACCUGGGCCAGGCACUGGCAGAGCUGAGGGCGCAAUACGACGUGUUGGCCAAGAAGAACCUGGAGGAGCUGGAGAAGCAGUGGGGGCAGCAGAUCACGGAGACCACGCUGGAAGUGACACAGAGCACAAAGGAGGUGGAUACAGCACGGAGCCGAUUGCUGGAGCUGCGCCGCUCAGUGCAGAGUCUGGAGAUCGACCUGGAUGCCCUGCGCAGCCAGAACGCGGGGCUGGAGGGCAGCCUGGCAGAGACAGAGGCGCGAUACGGGGCGCAGCUGGAGCAGCUGCAGGGCCUGAUCCUGCGCGGGGAGGAGGAGCUGGCGCAGGCACGGGCAGAACUGCAGCGUCAGAACCGGGAGCACUGCGCACUGCAGGACGCCAAGAGCAAGCUGGAAGCUGAGAUUGCCACGUACCGUGCGCUGCUCGAGGGAGGAGAGGGGUUCAGUCUGCAGGAUGCUCUGGGGACGGAGGGGACGGUCACUACGCAGCGCAGCACCCAGAGGACGGUGGAUGGCAAAGUGGUGUCCGAGAGCAAAGAGGUCAAAGUGCGCAGCUACUGAGGGGGGAGGACGGCGAGGUGCCACCCCCUGCCCCACAAAUAAAGAAGCAAAGUGACAAA